UGUUCCCCUCUCGAACCUGUGUCAUUCCCACCUUCUACCAGCCCGCUGCCUUCAACUAGCCUGCUGCUCUCUACCGUCAUCUCACCUUCACUAAACUUCAACAUGAGGUACAAAUUCGUGCUGCUGGGUCUUUUGGCCUUCGUAUGUGCCACUUCAGGCUACGUUCUGAAGGACCAGGACGACGCACUUGGCGACACCGACGACCGUCCAGAACGGGUCGUCUUCGAAGACGACGAUGGGGACAGGGCCGAACAGAGCGAAUCGGCUGACAUUGAAUUAGGGAGAAACAACCUCGAAAAGCACGGACACGGUCUCGGACACGGACACGGACACGGACGCGGACACGGACACGGACACGGACACGAAUAUGGUAGCCACAGCGACGAACAGUAUCAUCAUACCCAAACAAGGACGACGGGGACGACUACAACCACUACUACCCCAAUUUCCACCACUACCCCAAUUAUGACCACCACCCCAGUUACCACCACCACCCCAAUUAUGACCACCACCCCAAUUUCCACCACUACCCCAAUUAUGACCACCACCCCAGUUACCACCACCACCCCAAUUAUCACCACCACCCCAAUUUCCACCACUACCACAAUUAUGACCACCACCCCAGUUACCACCACCACCCCAAUUAUCACCACCACCCCAAUUUCCACCACUACCACAAUCAUCACCACCACCCCAGUUACUACCACCACCAUCGCAGACGGAGGAUUAAUUUGGUAUGAUUACUAUGGUAUGUAGUGAUCAAUCAACAUUAGUUUGGGUUUUGACUCUGAAAAUUCACACUGAUGUGUUGCUCAUGAUGUCAAUUUGGACAUUAAGUUGGUAUAUAUUUACUUAUAGAAAAAAAAGUACAGUAGUAUGGGAAAUUAAAUUAUCAGGGAAAAGCACCAAGCCAUUAUGUCUAUAUCGCACAUGGAAGGGGUCAGGAUAAGGAUUUGGGAUGGGAAGGAAUGGUGCCCAACCAUUUGGACGGUCAGGGAUUGAACGCCGACGUGCAUGAAGCGAGACCACCGUUCUACCAUCCAGUCAAGUGGUUGGGAUUUAGUAUGGGGAGUGUUGAAUAUUUUUAUUUGGGAAGCCUUGAGGCCAAUGUUCAUAGAUCUACACCAAUGAACUUAGUUUAUGAACUAGAACAGGUUAAACUAAAGCGAAAUAUGAGGGCUGAAUGUGUUGCAACUACAGGAAACCUUUGUGUUAAGUUACUUAUAUUAUAAGGAUUAGAUUUGUUUAUCAUAUGCAAUUUCAUAAUUACCAUUAUUGCUUUGUUGUGUGCAGAGAUACCUGGGUAAGAUGAAACUUAAGCAAUUGCAUUUCUGUUUUACAUUAUCGUACGGAAUAGUUGUAGUUCACAGGGAGCCGGUCGGCUGAGCGGA